AGAAGAAGCCGCGGGUCUGCUGUGUGUAGUCCAGCCUGAUGUUGUUUAUGUUUAUUAUUUAGUUAAUUAGUUAAUGAAUUAAUUGAUUGAUGAACUGAUUGAUCAGGUGGUCGAUGAUGGACCCGCUCGCGGCUCUGCUGGACGAGGUCAGUCUGGAGGGUCUGGACGGCGUUACCCUGGAGACGUUGUGGCUGCGGCUCAGCGCGCGCCGGCCCGCGUUCCCCCUGCGCCUGGAGCCGCGCGUGCAGCAGUACCUGUGGAACGUGCUCGCGUGCAGCCCGGACGUCACCUUCCACCUGCUGCCGCGCGCUCGAGCCCCGCUACACCUGUACGACAGAUUUUCUGAUAUAGAUCCUGAGACGGGGAUUCAGGAUGUUCGUCCUCUGGACUUCGAAGCUCAGCCGGAGGACCCGUAUCCGGUCAGUGUGCUGGUGGACGAUCCGCAGGGCAUCCAGGGCUCCUGUCUUUAUUACAGAGAAAGGAAGGACAUCACUCACCUGAUAAGAACCAGCCAACACACACCUGUCCUCACACUGGAAGAGGCGCAGAAGCAGUAUGGGGAGAAGCUGGUGUUGGUGGCAUCUCAGGAGCUCCGGUACCGUGCUCUGAUUGGAGACGAGGGAAACCCGGAGCUGAAGCUGAGCGAUUACUCGUACUGCAUCCUGGAGAGACUGGGCCGAGCGCGCUGGCAGGGGGAGAUACAGAGAGACCUCCACAUUUCAUCAUUCAAGUUAGAUGCGGGGAAGGUGCAUUAUUUGAGAAAAUCUCUGGACAGAAAUGGACUGAUUACCCUGCAGUCCCACGUAGUCCGGCUACCGACCGGAGUGAGACAGCACUCUAUACUACUGCUGCUCAAACGCUUCCACGUCGACAGGAGGAGUAAGUAUGACAUCCUGAUGGAGUCGACCUCUAACCUCCUCUCAGAGCUACCCAACAACAUCGGCAUCAUGCUCAGACUCCGUGAACAGCUGCAGGUGGGCGAGCACACCUUCAAGCGUGUUUAUCAGUACAUGCAGGCUGCGAAGAUGGUCAGCGUGUUGACCAUCCCCCUGCAGGAGCUAAACCCUGAAGCUGGACCCUGCAAGACCAAGAGAGGUACAGAUAUCCGGGUUCGCUGUCUGAAGCUCCUCAGGCCGUACACUCGGAAAGAGACGUACGAUGACGACGACGAUGAGAACAACGACGAAGAUGCCGAUGGCCUUGUUAAGAGGAACAUCCAGGCUCAGGCUCGUGACAUCGAGCGGGAUCUACUGACUCAGGCUUAUGAGAUCGUGGUGGCGAAUGGUCCUAAGGGUAUUUCCCAGUCGGUCCUGCGAGGACAGCUGAAUAUCGGACGACUGGAGAGCCGUAUGGUCUGCAAGGUGCUGGAGAGGAACAACAUGAUUAAGGGAUUUAUGGAGGACGAAGGACGACAGAGGACGACGAAGUACAUCAGCAAGCUGUUUGUGGAGAAGAGCAACCUCAACCUGCGUUUCGCCAAGGAGCUCGAACGCAGCGAGAAGCUUCGAGUGCCCAAAAACGACAGCACAGACCCUGGAAACGGACCCUGUCCGGACCCUGAGGACCAGGAAGAUGCGCUCCGUAAUGAUCCGGAGACCGAGCAGGACCCCCAGGAGGAGGAGGAGGAGGAGGCACACAAAGGGCAGAGGUCAAAGGGAAAAGCUGGGAAGAAAAGCAAAUCAGCCAAGAAAGGAUCCCAGAGAGCCGUUCCAUCAACUCCCAGACAUUCGACACCGCUCAGGAAAAAGCCGCCUCCCCGCAUUAAAGACACUGACCAGUCCAUCCAGGAGGUGGAGCCUAGUAAAAUUGUGAAGCAAGACGAUACGCUUCUGGUUCCCCAAGACCACACCCUCAGCAUCCCCCACAGCCAAUCAGAAACUGCCGAUGACACAGUAACCGUUGUCGAAGAGGUCGUGGAUGAGCUGGAGAUGUCAGCGAGGAAAAGAGGACAUGAGCAGCAUGAGACAUACCGGAUGCUCAAACGCAAGAACCUCAUUAUAGAGGCCGUCCGCAACCUGAAGGUCAUUGAGGGUCUUUACACCUUGCAGAAGAAGCUGAUGGACGAGGAGAAGCAGGACGGCGUGAGCACUAAAGUGUGUAAGAAAAGCAUUGUCAGACUGACGCGCUCUUUAUCCAGAGACGGUUAUCUGAAACUGUUCAGGACCACGGUCAUACAGGACGGGGUCAGCAGGAAGGUGGAGUUUGUUGUCCAUCCCUCCGUCACUCCUGAUGACCCGUUGGUGAAGAGCGCUAUAGAGCAGGUCCGCUUCAAAAUCUCCAGUUCAUACACAGUGCACAGGCUGAAGAAGGAGGAGGAGAAGGCGAAGGCUGUGGCUCAGGAUAGUAAAGAUGAUCUUCAGAGUGAAUCUAAAAGUCAUCGGGGGAAAACGGAGAGGCAGAUGGAUGUAAAGGAGCUAAAGGACUUUAAACCCACUAUAGUUCCAGGACUCAGUCGCUCUCUGGGCUUCCAGCCGAAGAUGCCUCGUUUCCGGAUGGUCCACAGUUUCCUGUUUUACCUCAUGUACGAUCACCCAUUCAGGCAGACGACCUUUAAUGACCCUUCACUGACCGCUGACCCCACUGUUGGCAUCACUGCUGACCAUGAGGGGAACCUAGCCACCUCCUCAUCUGGUACAGAGAGAGACGGAAACACAGAGAACCCACCCACACCUGCUGAGGACGAGCAGUUUAAAGUGUAUGUGAACGAGCUGAGCUGGAAGAGGUUUGUUCCUCCUCUGCCGGUACACAGAGAGUUUGGUUAUGGUUGGGCUUUAACCAGCGAUGUUCUGAUCUCGCUGCCCCUCAGCGUUUACGUCCAGGUCAUCCAGAUCAACUACAAGGUGGACGGGUUGGAGGAGUUUCUGAAUGACCCAGUGAAGCAGCAUUACCUCAUCAGGUUCCUCCCGUCCAACAUCAAAACACAGCUGCUGCACCGACGGAAGUAUUUCUUCAGCUUCUAUGAGAACCUGCAGAAGCUCUGCUAUAUGGGUCUCCUGCAGUUCGGACCUAUGGAGAAGUUCAUGGACAAAGAUCAGGGCUUUUUCUAUCUGAAGAAGCGUGCGACCAUCGUGGACACCACAACGUGCGAGCCGCACUAUAAUCUGGCCAUAGAGAUGCGUCCCUUCGACAGACGGCACUACACCUUUACCACCGCGCAGGAUGUGGAGAACUACUGGUUUGACAUGCUGUGUGUGUGCCUCAACACACCUUUAGGUGUAGUUCGUCCUCGUUCUCGUCUCUCUGAUGGGGAUGGAGAUAGAGAAGGGGAUGAGCCAGAUGUGGCUGUAGGAGCUGAACGCUACGAGAGGCUGCAGUACACUCUAAAGGGAAGUUGUGAUGUGGUUGAUGAUGGCGUAACCCCCGGUGACGGGCAGGGUGCCGGAGGACUGGACUCUUCGUUCUUCAGUCAUCUUAAACGCAACUGGCUCUGGACCACUCACCUGGUCAGCAAACCUAAAAAGCCUGGAGACAGUCACACUGUGCGUCUAAGGAACCUGCUGUCCAAACACCCCCUCCCCAAAUCUGUGUGUGCAGCAAUCCAGAGUGGCGUGGGUGGCAGUACUAUGGCUCCCCCUGCUGUUCAGGAGGACAACGUGCAGAUGGACGUGGAGCCGAGCUCCAGAAACCUGCAGGUCCGCGGAGGAAAGAAAAACAAACGCAAGAGACAGAAGAAAGAGAGCAGCAAACCGACUAAAAGGAAGAGAAAAGUGGUCAGUGUGAGAAAGCACACACUGUGUCAGGAUGAAACUGACCGCAAGGCUCUGUUGCGAAUGACCAGACAGAGGGUCACGUGGACUCACCUGGAGGACAGCAUUCUGAUGCUCUGCAGAGUGGCCAGCCACUUCCUCAACCGCAAGAUUAAGAAGACGUUUGUUGGGUGGAACGUGGUUCGCGAUAUUCUCCAUUCUGAGCUAGAACUGUCUCUAGAUAAAACCUCGCUGUCAGUCGGGCGCCGUUCACGCUACAUCAUGAAAAACCCGCAGACCCAGCUCAACUACAGGAUCUGUCUGGCUGAAGUGUACCAGGACAAAGCCCUGAUCGAGACGUUCAUGAACAGAACCAACAACUACGACGACCCCAAGGUAUGUGGUGAGGAGUUUAAUGAGUUUGUCAGCGCCCUGAGAACAAAGUUCAGCUCCAGCUAUGGUUCCAGUGAUGUCGUCAUUCCAGAUACCAAAGAGGAGCUUUUUAACAAGUUUAAAGUGUACGUUAUCGGGGAAGAACCAGCUCUGAGAACCAAGGAUGUGCUCACCAGCGUGGAGGAUAUUCACUCUCUAGUGCUGAAUAAUUUGAUCCAGAGCACCCUCGUCCUCUCCAGCUCACAGAUGAAGACCUGCCAGUCCUUUCAGUCCUUCUCGCUCUACAGUAGAUAUAAUUCAGAGGUGCUGCACCAGGCCUUCCUGAACUGCAAGAAACGUGGACUGGUAAACCGGCGUCGGGCCAACAAGGUCCUCGGCCCGAAGAAGAGCAGAGCCGUCCCCUUUGUGCCCAUGUCCUAUCAGCUCUCUCAGCACUACUACAGGUAUUUCACAUGGCGUUUUCCCAGCACAGUGUACAAUGAAGUUUAUGACCUGCUAGAAGUUCUGCGUCAGAAAGACGGAGUGGAUCGGCGGAACACCUUCUCCUUCCAGCAAGAUAAGGAGAAGGAGGAGCAGAAGUACAUAGAAGAGAAGGAAGAGGAGAGAGUAAAUGUAGAGAGCGAGAAAGCAGAGGAGAGGAAUGAUCAACUAGAAAAGGCUGAGGGACCAGGGGCUGGGGUGGAAAGACAACAGCAAGAGGUUCCUGGUAUAGACCCUGUCUCUGUAGAUGUGGAGCAUCCUGCUGUAGACCCUAAAGAGUCCUCUGGAGAUGUGGAGCAUCCUGCUGUAGACCCUAAAGAGUCCUCUGGAGAUGUGGAGCAUCCUGCUGUAGACCCUGGAGAUGUGGAGCAUCCUGCUGUAGGCCCUAAAGAGUCCCCUGGAGAUGUGCAGCAUCCUACUGUAGACCCUGGAGAUGUGGAGCAUCCUGCUGUAGGCCCUAAAGAGUCCCCUGGAGAUGUGGAGCAUCCUGCUGUAGACCCUAAAGAGUCCCCUGGAGAUGUCAAGCAUCCAGCUGUAGUCCCUAAAACCCACACUGGUGGUGAGGAUCCUUCUGUAGACUCUGCAUUACCUUCUGGUAAUUUAAGGGAACCUGCAGUAGACCCUCUGUUACCUCCUGGUGAUGUGGAUGAUUCUACAGUAGACUCUAUAGCACCCCCAACUGAUGUGGAGGACAUGCUGACAUUCCCCAUUGAUGCUCCAGGAGGGGCAUCGCUCUGCUGCCUGUCACUCAUGACUCUGGGUCUGCUUACCGUGGACGUGUCCGUACCACAGCAGGUCGUGGUGGUGGACAGUACGCUAGUGGACAGUGAUGUUAUGAAGAGCAUCACUAAAGAGCUGGAUGAGGAGGAGGAGGAUGAAGUCGAGGAUGAAAGGAGAGGACGUUUUGAGGUGAAAGCUCGGCAGGCCUCCCACACCAACUACCUGCUGAUGAGAGGAUACUUCGUCCCGGGCAUCAUCAGCUUGAGGAACAUGAACUCCACUGACCACAUCGCAGUCAACUCCUGCACUGUUAGGAUACAGCUACGGCGUACGCCUGCACACACGCUCUUCAGAGAGGCCGACGGAGCUCUCUCCGUGGUGACUCGCUCGUCUGUUCCCACAGUCUCGGCGUCGCUCUCGCGGGUGUUUAAGCAGCGGAGCAGUGUCAGUGAGCAGAGUUUUGUGGAUAAGUUUGUGCCCUCAUUGGGUUACAGCAGUAUGGACAUGGAGGCAGUUCAGGCCCUCAGAGCUGCCGUGCAAAAAGAGGCGGAGUUUGGUAUCGACAGGUUGGAGCUGAGCAGGAUGUUCUCUCACCUGGAACAGGUGGAGCACAGCAGGAGCAGAACACUACAGCAGUACAUACAGGAUCUGAUAGAUGCUGAGGAGCUGGUGGAGGUGGGAGCUCUCUCUCAGCGUUUGGUAUGUGUGGACUCUGGCGCCCCCUGGCUGCUGCAGUGCCCGACACAGGUGUGUGAUGAGCUAGUCCGGGCGUUCUCCAUCCCGGAGUCCCUGAAACGCAAGCUGGGAUUCUCCCGCCAUCAGCUGGGCAGCCACGGACCCCCUCUGGCCAAGAGACCCCGGCAGGCCAUGAAGAUGGGUACCAUGAAAACCACGGCCAUGGUGACCACCUCUGCUGAUUCUGCUGCCACUGAAACAGUUGCCAAGGAGACAACAACUGUCAAAUCCACUGCAGUCGACACCACUGCUGCCACGUCUGUUACCAUAGAGACCGCCUCCUCCAUUGCAGCGGUGACUGCCUCAGCUGAGACUGCUGCUUCGGAGACAGUUCAGCCAGGGAAAGUUACUAUAGAGAUCUCCACAGUAAAGUUGACUGCUGUGGAAACCAUUCCACCUGAGACUUCCACACCUGGGGUGGAAUGUAGUGCUGAAAACUUAGAAGGGGCUAGAAGUCUUCCUCCAGACCCAUCCUCCUCAGAAGCAGGACUCCGUGAUGAAGCUUCUGGAGCGACUGGUAGUUCACUUCAGAAAGACAACGCAGCAGAGCCUCCAGCCACAGGAGGAGGAGGGGAUGUGAGGAGUUCUGAAGAGGAGGAGGUGUUGAGCUUUGUGGCUCGGCCGUGGCGCAUCGUGGACGGCUCUCUGAACCGGCCGGUCUGUAAAGGCAUGCUGGAGGCUUUACUGCUACAUAUCAUGACGAAUCCAGGCGUUCCUGAGCCUGCGCUGCUGCAGCACUACAGCGGAGUCCUGCAGCCUGUGAUCGUCCUCGACCUGCUGCAGGUUCUGAUGGAGCUGGGAUGCGUGAAAAAGCGCUUUACUCUGAAUCGGCCCAAAGCGUCUCUGUUCUCUCGGCCCAGCGUCCCUGAGGUCAGAAGCCAGGGAGAGUUUGGCGUCGUGGAGGACGUGGUGGCCUUUUACGAGCCCACAGUGGACUGCAGCCUGAGACUGGCCCAGAUGUUCCCUCACGAAACCAACUGGAACAAAUGGGUGCAGCUCUGCGUGCGAUAACCGCACCCAAAGAUCCUUUUUGUUAUUUUUGUAAGUUAUUUUUCACUUUCGCCUGUUUGUGUUUGCACAAAACGAAUAAAGACUCCUUUAAUUUACGCAUGUGGAAACCAAAGAA